AUCGGCUUGGGACGCCUGGGCAGGAAAAGGAACGCGCUGAGACGCCUCUCCAGGCGUUCAGCAAGCGGGCCCCAGACACAUAGGAAUGAUGGGGUCAGCCGGCUGAACUCGGACUCCAACGACUCACCGGGGCCAGAGCGGCAAACCUGCGGUGGCUGGUGACGCGCGCGUCCUCACUCCUCCCGCCUCUCCUCGAGGUGGCGCUCGCUGGUGACGUUGGGGGCAUGAUGGCCGCCGCGAGACCGGGAAGGUGAAGUUGGAAUUGGUGGAGUCAACACAAUCAGCCAACCUCAACCUAAGACAGGACAGAGAACUCAAAUUCCUUUCGUCUUUUUGACGCCAGCUAUGUCCAUGAUGCCCACCCUGUGACGGUCUCUCACCAUCCGAAAACGCGAUGUCCCUGUUCUUCUCUCGAUGCAACUCCGUUGUCACGGUCAAGAAGGAUAAGAGACACAUGGCUGAGGUGAAUGCUUCCCCACUCAAGCAUUUUGUCACUGCCAAGAAGAAGAUCAAUGGCAUUUUUGAGCAGCUGGGGGCCUACAUCCAGGAGAGCGCCACCUUCCUCGAAGACACCUACAGGAAUGCAGAACUGGACCCUGUUACGACAGAAGAACAGGUUCUGGAUGUCAGAGGUUACCUGGCCAAAGUGAGGGGCAUCAGCGAGGUGCUGGCCCGGCGGCACAUGAAAGUGGCCUUUUUUGGCCGGACAAGCAAUGGGAAGAGCACCGUGAUCAAUGCCAUGCUCUGGGACAAGGUUCUGCCCUCAGGGAUUGGCCACACCACCAACUGCUUCCUGCGGGUGGAGGGCACAGAUGGCCACGAGGCCUUCCUCCUCACGGAGGGCUCCGAGGAGAAGAGGAGCAUCAAGACCGUGAACCAGCUGGCCCAUGCCCUCCACCAGGACGAGCAGCUGCAUGCCGGCAGCCUGGUGAGUGUGAUGUGGCCCAACUCCAAGUGCUCACUGCUGAAGGAUGACCUCGUGCUGAUGGACAGCCCCGGCAUUGAUGUCACCACAGAGCUGGACAGCUGGAUUGACAAGUUUUGCCUGGACGCUGAUGUGUUCGUGCUCGUGGCCAACUCGGAGUCUACCCUGAUGCAGACGGAAAAGCAGUUCUUCCACAAGGUGAGCGAGCGUCUGUCCCGCCCCAACAUCUUCAUCCUCAACAAUCGUUGGGACGCGUCCGCCUCGGAGCCUGAGUACAUGGAGGAGGUGCGGCGGCAGCACAUGGAGCGUUGUACCAGCUUCCUGGUGGACGAGCUGGGCGUGGUAGAUCGAGGCCAGGCUGGAGACCGCAUCUUCUUUGUAUCUGCCAAGGAGGUGCUCAACGCCAGGAUCCAGAAGGCCCAGGGCAUGCCUGAAGGAGGGGGCGCUCUUGCAGAAGGCUUUCAAGUGAGGAUGCUUGAGUUUCAGAAUUUUGAGAGGAGGUUUGAGGAGUGCAUCUCCCAGUCAGCGGUGAAGACCAAAUUCGAGCAGCACACGGUGCGGGCCAAGCAGAUUGCGGAGGCAGUUCGCCUCAUCAUGGACUCUCUGCACAUCGCGGCCCAGGAGCAGCGGGUUUACUGCCUGGAAAUGCGUGAGGACCGGCAAGAGCGGCUGAGAUUCAUUGACAAACAGCUGGAGCUCUUGGCACAAGAUUACAAACUCAGAAUUAAGCAGAUUACCGAGGAAGUCGAGAGGCAGGUGUCGACUGCGAUGGCUGAGGAGAUCAGGCGUCUCUCGGUGCUGGUGGACGAGUACCAGAUGGAUUUCCACCCUUCUCCAGUCGUCCUCAAGGUUUAUAAGAACGAACUGCAUCGCCAUAUAGAGGAAGGACUGGGCCGAAAUAUGUCUGACCGCUGCUCCACGGCCAUCACCAGCUCCCUGCAAACCAUGCAGCAGGAGAUGAUAGACGGCUUGAAACCCCUCCUUCCUGUGUCUUUGCGGAGUCAGAUCGACAUGCUGGUCCCUCGGCAGUGCUUCUCCCUCAGCUACGACCUGAACUGUGACAAGUUGUGUGCUGACUUUCAGGAAGACAUCGAGUUCCAUUUCUCUCUCGGGUGGACCAUGUUGGUGAAUCGGUUCCUGGGUCCCAAGAACAGCCGCCGGGCCCUGAUGGGCUACAACGACCAGGUUCAGCGUCCCGUCCCUCUGACACCAGCCAACCCCAGCAUGCCCCCCCUGCCACAGGGCUCCCUCACCCAAGAAGAACUCAUGGUUUCCAUGGUCACUGGCCUGGCCUCCCUGACAUCUAGGACCUCCAUGGGCAUUCUUGUUGUUGGAGGAGUGGUGUGGAAGGCGGUGGGCUGGCGGCUCAUUGCCCUCUCCUUUGGGCUUUAUGGCCUCCUCUACGUCUACGAGCGCCUGACCUGGACCACCAAAGCCAAGGAGAGGGCCUUCAAACGCCAGUUUGUAGAAUACGCCAGCGAGAAGCUGCAGCUCAUCAUCAGUUACACCGGCUCCAACUGCAGCCACCAAGUCCAGCAGGAACUGUCGGGGACUUUUGCUCAUUUGUGCCAGCAAGUCGACGUCACCCGCGAGAACCUGGAACAGGAAAUCGCCGCCAUGAACGAGAAAAUUGAAGUUCUUGAUUCACUUCAGAGCAAAGCAAAACUGCUCAGGAAUAAAGGUGGUUGGAUGGACAGUGAGCUCAACAUGUUCGUGCACCAGUACCUGCAGCCCAGCAGAUAGUGGGCAGCCUGGAGCCCGCGCCUGCGUGGAGAGGGCAGUGCUGCCAGCUGCACGGGGCCUCCACCGGGGCCUCCGCCAGGGCCGUGAGAAUGAAAGCACCCUCUGUCUCAUACAGUUUUGAGCCCUUAAACACUAGUUACCUGCCCCUCCUCCGCCUGCUGCUGCAAGAGAUUUUCCAGCUCGUACCCCUGAAGGAGACUUUUUUUUUUAACGGUGACUACGGACAGCAUGGGACUGAGAAGUCACGUCGAGUCUUCUCUCUGCUUUGUCAGGUUCCCUUGAUUGAGAAUCACUUGACUGCUUGAUAAGGUCUUGGAUCUCCCAGUGUUGCGAAUGCCUGCUUGGAGCCUGUCGGGGUAUCAGGCAGGCACCCCCUCCUCCGGCCAACACUAAUACUGACCCAUGCACACCUGC